AUGCCUGGGCUAUUCCUCGUUGACGAUCACCCACUCGAGCUACCGGUCUCCUGCACGCCGCCCAACAGACACUGGAGGAGCUGCAUAUCCUCUUUCAAGCUGGAAACGAAGAUCUCGAAGGAAAAAUCUAUCAGGACCUUCCAACUCAACGUUGAGACAGGUUUCAUCGACCGUGUUAAACCCCAGGCAUCCUUCGAGGCGAACUGGGACACGCUUUGCGACCAACUCAGGCGACUCUCGGUGGGAAAGCCUCUUCGCUUCGACCUCUACAUGAAGUACUGCUCACCUUCCAGCGAUUUGUCACGCUUCGUGGACCUCAGUGAUUCGGAAGAAGAAACAGACAUCGAGAGCUAUUCGGAAAGCUCGUCGGACCCGGAAGACGGUGGCUCAUCGAUCGCUGAAAGGUCGCGCAGGGGAGAUAUCGUGCGAUCUGCGAGGAGUUCGUAA